CUUCGAUUAUUUGCAUCGAUGUUGCCUCGUAACCAGAGAUAACAUAGUACAAUGUUUACGAUACGAAGGAAACAUGCGGUGUUUAAUGUACUGGAGAUGUUCAGUUAAUUUUAUACUUGAUUUUGCCAUCUACUUUUGAGUAUAUUUGUUUCCUUCUGGUUUGUGACAAGUUGUUUUCAUUUUCUACAUGGUUAUGACCACUGACACACCGUAUGAGAAACAUACGAGUCCUUCAAAUGCGGCAAAAAAUAAUUAAAAUGAAACAUUUACUAAUCUGGCAGAUCCUGUGAAUUUUAUGUAGCUGUGAAACACAAGAGAAGUAAUGUAUUGUGCAGUGUAUUGAGAUGUGAGUGGACCGUAGAUUUAAAAUGACGCUAAUUCGCAUGGGAUCUUCAAUCAAGAUUGGCAAAACACUCAGAAAUUUUUGCACUACCAGUUCAAGUAGUUUUGCGAGGAAAAUUGGUUUAGAUACUCCAGAUGACAUUACUGCAGGACAACAGAUGAUAAUGACUUUCAGGGAAAGAGUUGAGAACAGAAGAAAUGAGGCGAAGAGGAGUGUAAUAGUGCAGGUGCAGUCUGAGAAAUCUGCAGCCGAUUUGUAUAACUAUUGUUCCGAAUAUGGCACAAUCGAAAGUAUGCAUCAUUAUUGUUUGAAUGAACAGUCACACUUUAUUCUUGUGGAAUUUAAAGCAGUGAGUGCAAUGGAAAUACUUCUAAAUCAGUGUUGCCAUUUGAAUGAAAGUCACAUCAUACCAACAAGGACUCCGUUUCUAUGGUUUCGUUCAAAGUCUCCUAGAAGGAAGCAAGCAAGAACGGGCGAGUCAGAUGUGCCAAUACUUAAACAUCAAUACGGAACCGCAAUACCAACAGAUAAAGACAUUAAAAAUUUAUUACAAGGAGCAAAAUCCUUGUCAGAGCAGAUAAAUGUGUUAUAUAGUGCAACUCAUUUAAACGAUGUGGGAGAAAGACUACGGUUUCUAACCGCUCGGCAGAUUGAAAUAGCCCUUUGUGGACCAUUUCCUAACGUUAAAGCUCUUCCUUUUGGAUCAUCAGUAAACGGGUUUGGAAGAAUGGGCUGUGACCUUGAUAUAGUCUUACAGUUGGACACUGAUGACAGUCACGAAAAAUGGGAAGAUUGUCGUCUGGUGUUCCAAGCCAAAACGUCUUCUCCCAACGGACGUGCAUCCUCACAACGGCUUAUGGAAACUGUAGGUGACAUGUGUCAGUUGUUCCUCCCAGGUGUAACGGGAGUCAAGCGAAUUUUACAAGCGCGAGUGCCAAUAGUCAAAUUUCAACAAGAUCUCACAGGUAUUGAGUGCGAUUUAUCAGCCUCAAAUGCAUUUGCUGUCCAGAUGAGCGAACUGCUAUACAUCUUGGGUUCUCACGAUGUAAGAGUGCGUCCUCUAGUGUUUGCCAUUCGUGCUUGGGCCCGUUAUGUAGGCCUGACGAACCCUGUACCAGGCAGAUGGAUCACAAACUUCUCUCUUGUUCUUAUGGUGCUGUACUUCCUCCAACAGAGAUCGCCUCCAAUAUUGCCAGCACUUGACAAACUAAGCAUGUCUUCCCCUGCAUUGAAUUUAAACCACUUGGAUGCCAGACCUGCAAGAUCUCCUAUUGUGGGGUCUGCCCAUGAAGGUAUCUCCGCAGAACAGGAUAAUCGUGUUGAGACUGUAGGAAUAUUGUUUACAGAAUUCCUUGCAUUCUAUUCUUCGUUUGAUUUUAACAAUUUAGCUAUCAAUCUUUUAACAUCAGCCAACACUAUAAAGCCAGAACAUUCACCUCUUUACAUUGUAAAUCCUUUGGAGCCAAACUUAAAUGUAAGCAAAAAUGUAGGGUCAGAAGAGGUAGCUAAACUUCGUAUUGAGCUGAGGAAUUCUGCAUGGUUGUUAGAAUCUGCUGAUGUAACAUCAACUUCUGACAAAAGUGUUCCUUGGGGCUUAUUGACAUUUUUCAGGGAAAAUCACCACAUUAGUAAAGAACAAAAGUCAUUUGCCCCUCCAGUAAGCAAACGGAGGAGAGUGUCCAUAAACAAAUUAUUCUUGGAAGAAACAAGGUAGUACUAACAAAAAAUUUUCAGUUGAAAAGUAGAUUUUUUACUAAGACAACUAUUGUAUAUUGAAUGCGAGAUUUAAAUUUUUUGCCUUAUUCUGUGUGUGGCAAUCUGUAAAAUUAAAAUUGUGAAUUGCGCUGUAGCUUAUUGUUGCUCAAAAUUAUUGUAUAUUGCUAAUGUCAAUAAAUUUGAUCAUGAGUAGGCCUACUGUUGUUCUGCAGUCACUUAGUGGUGAAAGAGUCUUCAGAGUAUUAUAAUUCUUUAGCAGAAGUGAACAAAUUUUUAUGUCCUUCUAUAUUUGUGCUACUCAUUGUAAUUAUAGUCAUCUGUGGUAUUUUUUCUAAUUUAAGCUUUAUGGACAAUUACAUCAUGCAUUCAGUCAAAUUUUUUGCAGCUAAUAAAUCAGAAGCUGUCUAGAAAGAAAGGUAACAGUUUAUUGUUCCAUCAACAACACCUGUCCAACCAAUGUCCUGCCCUCAAAAUGCUUAUUUAUAUAUUUUGUGUGUGUGUGUGGGGGGGGGGGGGGGCGGGGGGUGUUGAUUUUCACUGUGCUACCAUGACAAAAUUCUUGGAUGAAUAAAUAAAGUGUUGACAGAGCAUGAGCUCUGUUUGGGGAUGAAAUAUUGCUAUAUUAUUGUCAAAGAAACCAACCAAGCAUUUGCAUUAAUGGGUGCACGGAAACAGCAGAACACCUGAAUCUUUACCUUUGGACAAGAAAACUGCACUUUCACAUUAUAUACUGUUCAUGUAUCUGACUGAAACUAACUUAUGCAACUUUCUCAUGUGACGUACAUGUUAAUUUUAUAAAAUUGUUUUAUUUCUGGAACAUUUUUGAAUGUGGAAUGAUGUCAGUGUUGAUUAUGUUUCAUAAUAUAACUAGUAGACUGUGUGUACUUUUUCUUCACAUCUCAGCACACUACUUCUGUUUUGGUUACUGGUGUUUUUAAUUGCCAACCCUGAUAAGCCAACAAUGGUGUGUGUAACAUACAGUCCAUAGAUAAGUGUUGCCAUUAGGUGCUUAAUGUGGAAUACAAAGCAUAGAUGUAGUGUCUGCAUUGCAUGUGAGAGGCAGGAGAAAUAACUUUUUGCCAUAUAGUUGUAUUCAGCUAGCGAUGCUAUCAGUAUUGUUUGUGUGCCUAGGUAAACAAGAUUGAAAACACGGCUGAACUCAUGUAUAACAACAGGGCUGUGUGUCUAAUCACUUGUCCACAUUUAAUCUGUAUUCAUUUUUAAUUUCAUUGCGUAGCGUUUGCCAAAAGAAGUUUGUAUUUAAUGUUACUGUUAUGUGCAACAGGAAUUAAAAUUUUUGAAAUUGUGCAAUGACAGUAAAAAUGAGUGUGUUUACUGCACACUGUGUGCUGGAGAAUUUUAUGUUUCACACAAAGGAAAGGAUGAUUUUAAAGACCACAUGAAAACAGCUAAACAUAGGAUUGCUAUUAAUGCUACUGCUUCUCCAAAUAUAAGAAAUUUUACCAAAGCCAAAGAUGGGAAUAAUAGUCAUCUGCUAAAGAGGGUAAAGACAUUCUGGAACAAGUGCAGACAAAUUUUAUAAUUCUAGUACUAAGAGUUGUGAAGGAAAAGUUUCGUUAAAGUUGCUUUUAGUAAGUUUCAGUAGCUAUAUUCACAGAAUGAAAUUGCCUGGCCUGAUUUAGAAGUGUAUGCUAAUGUUGUUAAUGAAAUUACAAAAGAUUCCGUAGAUGUUGAUGACCUAUUUACUAAACAUACAAUGGUGAACUAGGUAGUUCAAAACCAAAGGGUAGAUUGUGGUUAAAGUUCUGAAAAAGUACCAGAUGCUACUGAAGAGACCCAGAAAGCAAUUUUUUUAAGGUGUUCCAAAGAACUGAUAUUUUGUGUUGCAAUAUAUCUAAAAUUGUUAAGUUUUUGAUGUCUUUGCCUGGAACAUCUGCUCCAAUUGACAGAGUUUUUUCAGUUCGGGGGGACAUUUGGCCUACAGAAAGGGAUAGAUUGUCAGUAUCUAUUGUUGACCGUCUGAUAAAUGUUAAAAUUGAUCGAGAAUUCUCUGGUUGCGA